CAUUACGUGCCACUAGAGAGCGCUGGCUUACAAACCAACACAAACACCGAGCAGGAAGUCGUCAUUGAGCGGCAGCGUCAUGUGACCUGUAUUGCGGAAGUGAUCGUCAUCGCCAGACCUGUGAGUUGGAAGAAUCAGAGAAGAGGCUGACAAUGUCGUGGAUAAAAGAAGGAGAGUUAAAUAUCAUCGAAAGGAUUUCAGCCAACGUUCUAAAGGCUGGGCCGAUGCCCAAGCACGUGGCCUUCAUCAUGGACGGGAACCGACGGUUUGCUCACAUUAACAACAUGGAGCGUCAAGAUGGUCACACACAGGGUUUCAACAAAUUGGCAGAGACUCUGCGCUGGUGCAAACAUCUGAACAUCCCAGAGGUGACGGUGUACGCCUUUAGCAUUGAGAACUUCAAACGCACUCAGGAGGAGGUGGACGGUCUGAUGGACCUGGCCAGGCAGAAAUUUGAGAGGCUGCUGGAGGAACGGUGAGAUCUUCACGCUGCAGUGUUUGAGCCUGGAUGUCUUAAUUAAGACACAUGCACAAUCACAAUUUAAAUC